CAAUGAUGAGUGUCUUCAAGUGUGAGACAGCACAGAAAAUGGUUGUUUUUCUAUUCCUUAUCACAUCAAGUGUUCUUGUAUCUGACUGCGUUAUAUCUUCAAUGGUGUUCGGACAGGUUGGGGAAACCAUUACCCUACCAUGUAAAUAUGAUAUUGACAGACACGGUAUAUUAAACAUUUGUUGGGGGAGAGAUCAGUCAUGGUUCACCUGUGAGAAUACACUCAUCUCCACUGACGGUUUGCAAGUUGACUACAGAGAGACGCCUAGGUUUAGCCUGGCUGGUAGGCUUGAACGAGGGGAUGUUUCGCUCACUAUCAAGGGCGCUAAGGAGAAGGAUGCUGGGCUGUAUGUGUGCCGAAUCGAGGUCCCUGGACUUUUCAAUGAUGCUAGUAACACUGUUUAUCUCUUCAUCAGCAAUAGACCGGAUCCGAAAAGAUUCACACAAUCGGCCCUUACAACAGCGAAGCAGGAAAAGCAAGUCUACUCUGUAUUCGACCCAAUCAGACUUACUACUGAAGAAUAUAUUAGAUCAGAAACAAGAAAUGCAGCAGAUGUUACUGACAUCCACGUAGGAAAAUCCAUUGCCGGGGUCCAAACCGAGGAAACAAUAGAAACAUUUGUCAUAAAUGCAGUGAGAGUGGGAGCAAUUGUCUUCAUCCCUGGUUUAAUCAUCAUAUUUCUGUUUAGACUGCGGCUCUCUAUACAACAAAGCAGAAGCAGGGGAAUAAACCCCUAAAACCAGCAGUUACAAAGCAUGAAUGUGGAGUGAUGUAGUCAGUGAUGACACAUUGUGGCUGUGUGAAGCACUUGUAUGAUGUAUGAAAAUUGUAUGGCUUGUUUUCAAACUGACUGUUAUAUUUUUAAUAGUAACUGAUCCGCAUAUUACAACAUAAUCAGACUUUUUAGAUGAAUCUGAGAUUACUUAUUUACAGCGACAUUAUUGUAAAAUGUAGAUAGUGGAACACAAUGCUUGUAAGUGUUCCAGGGUGAGGUCAUUUUAGUGGAAAUGUUUUUUAAAUACAGACCUCUUAACCCUGUCACGCAACCGUUUCUCAGAAAUCAAUUACUGUAUGUUUCUUUGUCCAAACUCCACAUGGCCUUAAUAAAGUUUUGAAUGUUUUAAGAACAUGAUUGGCUGGUUUAAUCACAAAGCAACAUGGUACAAUAGUGGCCUCUAGAGUCUGAUGCAGCUGUUUUUAAAAAGUUUAAUAAAAACGAGAACACCAAUGAUUUAGGCCUACGAUUAAAUAACAACAUGAAAUAGUUGGCUUAUAGUUUUAAUAAUACGGCUAUUAACAGUAAAGCGUCUCUCAGUUUGAACAAAUCUGUUUAGGUUACUCGAAG